UCCCCUCUCUUCCGCUCAGAUGUCCUUGUAGCUAUGGAAACUCAUCAGCGGGCAGCAUCCUCCAGUUUGUCCACCCCGUCGUCUGGAUAGCUAAGCUAAAUUCGUAUGUAAAACAUCGGUUCAAAAUGGCGAUGGGACGUCAAACGCUUUCCUUGGUGCUCUUCUCAUGGCUGUGCAAGAGUACUGCUUUUGCUGUAAUACUCCGAACAACUGAAAAAUCUGUAUGGACAAAUGAAUUUGAGUCAAUUGAGUUGACCUGCUUGAUAGAGUCCAUUUCUACAAACAAUCCCAGAAUUGAAUGGAAGAAAAUUAAAAAUGGUGUACCCAGCUAUGUGUAUUUCCAAAAUAAAAUUUCAGGUGACUUGGAGCACAGGGCUUUGCUGAGAGAGCCUGCAAACCUUCUGAUCCUGAACGCCAGCAGAUCGGACACGGCUCAGUAUCGCUGUGAGGUGGCGGCCAUCGACGACCAGAAGCCCUUUGAUGAAAUACUAAUCAGUCUCUCUGUAAGAGUGAAGCCGGUGAUGCCCAGGUGUAGUGUGCCGGAGGCAGUUACAGUAGGUUCAAGCACUGAACUGCACUGUAUUGAGAACGAAGGCUUUCCACAGUCACAGUAUCAGUGGUUCAAAAACAAUGAGGAGCUGCCAGAAGACCCAAAAACCAGCAGCAAGUUCUACAAUUCUUCAUACACCAUGAACACUGAGACUGGUUCGCUGAAAUUCCGCUCGGUGAAGAAAGAGGAUGCAGGUGAAUACUAUUGCCAGGCCAGGAAUGAGGCAGGAUGGUCUAAAUGCAGUCCUCAGACCAUGGAAGUUUAUGAUGUGGACAUUGUGGGAAUAUUUCUGAAGGUGUUGGGUGGAGUGGCAGCAUUUAUAUUUGUCAUUGUGGGGAUCUGUCAGAUUCAGAAAAGUGGCUACUGUUCCUGCAAGGAUCAUAGGGAAACCAAUUACAAAGUACCCCAACAUGACAAUAGGAUGGACUAUGCCAGUCCAGAUGAGGGACAUUUCCGCCACAAGUCCUCCUUUGUCAUAUAAAAUCAAAGAAGAGGAGACGAGCGCUUCAAUCGUGUGAAUGCCUUGUGAGCUGACUUUUGAACUGUCAAAUUGUGCUUUUUAUGCUGAGGCACGACUUGAGCUUCAUGGCUUGCCAAAGUUAUCACAAAAACGAAAACUACUGUGUCGAACAGGGAAUUUUUACUCCCCUUAUUUUGAUUUAAACAGACAGGAAUCAAACAGGUUUACAUAAAACUCCACAGUUUAUAUGUGUAAAUGACAUUCAACUGAACAAUACUAAGAUUUAUAGCUAUUACAUGCAUCUUGUAAAGUAAAAAAAAAAUCAUUGUUUCAGCAAAUCAAAAAGGAUUGAAGUUAAGAAGUAACAUAAAAGAUGAGUUUGUUAAGACUUUCCAAAUAAUUGUGAAUUUCUGAAUGUCAGUCGCAGACUUCUAAUUGUAGCAAGGCUGAAAUUGCAUCCGGGUGCUGCUGCAUUUUUGCCUAAAAGUAGUCAACACAUAAUACCAGUGCAAGAAUUUACAUGUCUUCAAGGCAAAUAUUACAUUUCCCACUGGAAAUAUAGUGUGUGACUAUGUGAAGAAUCCUUUCAGUGUAAAUGUGUACAAUACCUUGCCAAGACUGUUUUAUCUGGGUCACUUUUGACAAGAGGAUUUUAUGUGUUAGUGUUUCAGCAGUGGUUAUUAAGUUCAUGAACUAUAAACUUAUAGCAUUUAAGUUUGAGAUUUAAUCAAACAUCUCCGUAAAGUCAGUAGACUUGGUUGUGCGAGAUGAUUCAUUUACUUUUUUUGAAAUAUUCCUCUAGAUACAGAUUACGCACUUGUGGGUUUUUCAGAGUGCCAUUUCUGUGUUUAAGUGACCUUCAAUGCUUUAUAAUUGUUUUAUACGUUUUGGACAUAUUGUCCAGGUUUUUUGACUCAGUGUUAUUGUUUUGAUCUAUUUAUAAUAUCUACGUAUAUUGUAGUUCACUCCAGAGUAGUAGUUAGAUAGACCGUGGGCCGUGUCACAAGAAUAAAACUGAUUAUGUGGAAGCAA